GUGCCACGGGAGGGGACGGCGAUGGGGACGUUUUUCCCAGGGUACCUGCAGCACUGCCUGGCGCCUGCUGGCUACAACCCCGACAAGAAGCAGGGGCUGCCGCCAGCACCUCCAGACCCGGCCUACGCGCCCGGCCAGGAGGAGUACAGCGAUCCCGAGAGCCCCCAGUCCACCUUCUCCGCCCGCUACUUCAACGGGGAGGCGGCGGUGACGGACAGCUACUCCAUGGACGCCUUCUUCAUCACCGACGGGAGGUCGCGUCGACGCGGGGAGAGCCAACGCCGCGGCAGCCACCGCCACUCCUGCCCCGAGUGCGGCAAGACCUACGCCACCUCCUCCAACCUCAGCCGGCACAAGCAGACCCACCGCAGCCUGGACAGCAAGAUGGCCAGGAAGUGCCCGACCUGCGGCAAGGCGUACGUCUCCAUGCCCGCCCUGGCCAUGCACGUCCUCACCCACAACCUCAAGCACAAGUGCGACGUCUGCGGCAAAGCCUUCAGCCGGCCCUGGCUGCUGCAGGGCCACAUGCGUUCGCACACCGGGGAGAAGCCCUUUGGCUGCUCUCACUGCGGGAAGGCCUUCGCCGACCGCUCCAACCUGCGCGCCCACAUGCAGACCCACUCCGCCUUCAAGCACUACAAGUGCAAGCAGUGCGAGAAGACCUUCGCCCUCAAGUCGUACCUCAACAAGCACUACGAGUCCGCCUGCUUCAAGGGCUCCGAACACAGCUGUGCAAUAGGGAACUAGUCCCCGUGCCCCCCCUCCUCCGCCCCCCCCCCCCCCGCCCCGACCCCACCGCACCUCCCCUCCCACCUCCACCCCCUCCCCAUCCUGGUGCCAGCUGCCGCUACGGGGCUGGAGGAUGCUUCCCACAUCUCCCACACCCCUAAAUAGAAAGGAGCCCCCAGCCCCCGGGAAGGGCCGGAUGCAGUCCCCGCAGCCAGGCAGGUCUCUCUGCAGGGACUGCCCCGGGAGCACCGCCUGCACCCGGGCCAGACCUUCCCCAGCUCGCGACGCUCACCCCUAUUUAUUUAAUUUAUUCCUAUUAUUUAUUUAGAGCUGCUGCUUCUCCUCCCAGGAACCGCCGGGGAGAAAAGACACUCGCCCGGUCCGUAGCAAGGACAGGACCGUGGGGCGAGGAGCCAGGCGGGACUGACGGACCCCCCCCCCCACCCCGCUGCCCCCACCCACACGGGCACAGCCCCUGGGGCAGAACUCCCACCCGAACCCUCGGCCCCUAUUGGGCUGCUCCCUUCCCCCCUCCCCCCUGGCCAACCCCAGACCCCUCUGCCCUCACCCCCCGCCCACCCCGGGAAGGGUCAGUGGCACCGCAGAGCCCGGGUGAGUCUAUUUAAUUGACGCUCUUAUUUAUAUUAUUUAUUCCUUCUGCUUUUCACUAUUUAUUUGCCAAGACCGGAGGCGGAUCGCCGUGCCCGGGACGCAGCCGCGGGGACACGGAUGGGGACGCAGCCCCAAGAGACAGAACCCCACACCGCCAGCUCCCGCUCUGCUCCCUGCACGGGGACGAAGCAGCGAUUCUAUGCAACCCCCGUCCCGCAGCGAGCCGCUCCUACCUCGGGCCUCGGCACCCAGGGGCUCAGCCCGGCUCUCCCUUUGCAGUCUUCCUGCUCCGUCUUCCUCCCACCGCAGUCUUCCUCCCGCCGUGCCCGUGGCUCCCAGGGUCACUUUGAGCCCCGUGGGCAGCCCGAGCCGCAGCGUUUUUCGUGCGUCCCCUCGGGCAGCGCAGCGCGCGGGGCUGCCCCGUGUGUUAUACUGUACAUAGCGGAUACCACAGCAAUAAUUUUUUCCGUGCAUGAUCGCUUUUCUUUUUCUGCCAGGUUUUGUAUUGGACAGGCCGCGGUAAGAGGAGAACCGACCGCCCGCAGUAUUACUUGUAAUGCAAUUCAGGGAUAUAAAAGGGACUUCUGCCACUACCAGGUGUGUCUCGGGCUGUUUGUGCACGCGGCGGUGGGUGGGCAGCAGGUGCUCCGUGCACAUCCUCAGAGGGCAGCGGUGGCACCUGCAGUGAGGGCUCUGCAAGCAGUGCUGCACCCCAAUAUCGGCACUGCACCCCAAUAUCGGCACUGCACCCCAAUAUCAGCACUGCACCCCAAUAUCGGCACUGCAUCCCGCUUGCAGAAAGCACCAGGGGGAGCAGCAGCAGCAGAGCACCGAUCUGAAAGCAAAGCAAAGCAAAGUGCGGAGUCCCAGCAGUGGGGUGGGGAUUGUGGGAACUGCCCAGCUGGGAUCACGGGGUGUUGUGUCCCGAAUCCACCAAUGGGGCUCUGCUGUGCUGUCCUUCCUCAUCCUCACCGUCAGCGGUGAAGGGCGGAGGGGUCACCCAGCGCUGCGUGGGACGCUGCCCAUGGGAUGUGACCCUGAGUCAGCACUGGGGAUAGAGAACCGUGCAGCUGGGGCAGGGGGUGUACAGGGCUCGGGACAGGGGUGUGGGGGGCUCGGAACAGGGGGCGUGGGGGACCCAAACUUUUCCCCAGAACCUCUCCACCACUGGGGACAUUGAUUCCAAGAAAUGACCCAGAAAUGUCCCAGAACAUCCAUCCCAGCCAGGAACCGGACCCGGUGACCUCUGUUUCUUCUAAUCCGGGAUAUCCCACAGCUCCACGAAUACAGACCCACGGCUGAAGCUCCCCCCGACUCCUCCUCCCCUCCCCCCCCCCACCCCCCGGUCUAUCCGUGUCGGUUCCACGCAGCUCCAGGCGGUGACCCCACUCUCCGAUCCUCAGCGCACGGCCCCCGGGCUGCUCAGUGCCCCAUUGCCCCAUCCCCGACGGCACCGCCGCCCCCGGGCUG